ACCGUGAAAUAUUACUUUGUCUUGAAAAAAUAAAUGGGUUUAAAGUUUCUUUACGAAGCCUUAAACGGAUAUUGUCACGUAUGAAGUUAUUUAGACGCAUAAAUAAAAGUGAUGAGCUUAGUGUUGAUCUCUAUGUCAUGGAAAAUGUAAUGACAUCCAGCAAACAACUUGGAUACAAGAUGAUGCAUCAGAAACUUCUUCAAGAGGGAUAUGUUGUUACACAAGAAACAGUUCGCCUGAUGAUGCAUAUUUGUGACAAAGAAGGUAUUGAACAGAGAAGGAGAACUCGUCUUCAACGUCGGAUGUACCUGAAUCUUGGACCUAAUUAUUUAUGGCAUAUCGACGGGUAUGAUAAAUUGAAACCGUACGGGCUGUGUAUCAACGGAGCUAUCGAUGGAUUUUCUCGUUUCAUAAUAUGGCUUGAGGUGCACAAAACAAACAGCGAUCCUAAGAUAAUUGCUGGUUAUUUUAUGAAUGCUGUGAAACAUUUGCAAGGCUGUCCAACGCGUGCCAGGUCAGAUUAUGGCACCGAGAAUGUUUACAUUCGACAGAUGGUCAUUUUUCUUAGGGGUCAGAGAGACGAACAGUUAACAAACAGCUGUUUUUUUACAAGGAUCAAGUAACCAUAAUCAAAGAAUUGGGCGUUGGUGUGGUAUACUUCGAAAUGAAAAUGUUCAGUACUGGAUAGAUUUUUUCACAAUGCUGAAAAGUACUGGUGAUUUCAACGGAAGCUUCCUUGAUAAGGCUGUUCUGCAGUUUUGUUUCAUGGACUUAAUUCAGGAAGAACUUAACUCUAUAGUUAAACUGUGGAAUAACCAUCGUAUAAGACCAUCAAGCAAUCCAAACCAGCCAUACGGAAGACCAUUUUUGAUGUAUCAUUGUCCUGGUAUGUUCGGCUGUCAGGAUUACCUUUGUCGUACAUCUGAAGCACAGGUGAACUUGUGUCUUGAGGAAAGUAUUCAAAAGGGAAAUGUUACAUGUGACGAAACGGUGUUUGAACUGUGUACCAUCAUCAUGUCGGACCAUAAUAUGAUGCCUGCCAAAACAGCAGACGAUGCUGCACUGCUUUACCAAUUUCUCCGACGGGAAAUAUUAAAUGAACUUCACCAGGACUAAGCCUAAACGCAAGACCAACCAAUAU